AUGGCAGAAAUUUCUCCUGAAAAGAAAUCCGGUUGUGGCCUGUUAAGCGCUGUUUUCGGUGGCAGAGGUCUAUGGCCUCGAAAACCGGACAGUUCGGCCCGAAAUCCGACCCCGUCGGCCCACAAAACCCAAACGGACGAGCAAGAUCAAAAACAAGGAGACCGCAUAAUAGCCCGGCCCGGCCCAAACCACUCCAAAUCUCCCCCUGUCUAUUACAACCAGCAUCAGGGCCCAAACCCAUACCACCAAACCCAGCCCAAAAACGAAAUGGGGCACGUCCAGGCCCGAAAGCUCCCCCAGACCGCCCUCGGGCUUUCCGGUGAGCUCGACGGCAUGAUCGCCGAUCACCAGAAGUCGAAAGGUGCCGGGAAUUUGGUCCGAGCCUCGUCUGGCAAUGUCAUGUUGUUCAGCAAUCUCGGCAACUUGAGAGGGCCCGGGACUUCGGACACCUACACAAAGGAGGUGCACGGGCAGGUGACCGGGAAAUAUUCCUCCGGAGGCAACAAAAGGGAAUCAGGGCCCGAAAAGCCCGUUUCUCUUUGCCGGGCCAUAUCGACCCGAAUGGACCCGGAGCAACUCAAGAUUUUGGGCAACGAGGAUUAUAAGAAUGGGAGGUUUGCCGAGGCCGUGGCUCUCUAUGAUGCGGCUAUUUCGAUUGAUCCAAACAAGGCCUCUUACCGAAGCAAUAAAAGCGCGGCAUUGACUGCCUUGGGGCAGCUUCUCGAGGCGGCUUUUGAAUGCCGGGAGGCUAUCCGGAUCGACCCUUUUUAUCAUCGUGCUCAUAAUAGAUUGGCGACUCUUUACGUCAGAUUGGGGGAACCCGAAAAGGCCAUGUACCAUUUCAAACAAGCGGGAUCGGAUGCGGAUCCGGAUGCUAUGAACAUGGCUAAAAAGGUUCAAUUCCAUUUACACAAGUGUACUGAGGCAAAAAGUCGUCGAGAUUGGAAUGUACUUUUAAAGGAAACUGACUUUUCGAUUGCAGCUGGUGCUGAUUCUGCGCCGUUGAUAAUAGCUUUGAAAGCUGAGGCCUUGCUGAAGCUCAACAGACACCAAGACGCAAUCGAUGCUAUUGCCAACGGUCCGAAUUUCGAUAUUGACGAAUGCAUGAAAUUCUUUGGUCCUAUUGGGAGUGCAUCACUCUUAGUCAUUCAUGCUCAACUAGAUAUGAUUGAAGGGAGGUUUGAUGAUGCUGUGACAGUAGUACAACGUGCAUCACGACUGGAUCCCAACAACCGAGAAGCAAAUGCAGUCCUAAACAAAACGAAGGCCGUUGCCACUGCCAGGGCCAACGGUAACGACCUCUUCAAGGCAUCGAGAUUCCAAGAAGCAUGCAAUGCGUACGGUGAAGGUCUAAACCACGACCAAUACAAUGCGAUUCUAUUGUGUAACCGAGCUGCUUGCCGCUCCAAACUCAGCCAGUACGAAAAGGCAGUCGAGGACUGCAACGCAGCCUUAAAUGUUCGACCGUCCUACACAAAAGCAAGAUUAAGACGUGCCGAUUGCAAUGCCAAGAUGGAGAAGUGGAGGGCUUGCUUACAAGAUUGCGAGGUGUUGAUGAGGGAAAAUCCGGAGGAUGAAGAGGUCGGUCGAAUGAUGAAAGAGGCUAAGCAACAGCUACAACUGCAUUGAUGCAUUCGAUGCUUGUUCGUCAUUGUAUUAAUGCUUCAUUUUAUUGGUG